AUGUAGUGACAGGUAAUCAGCUGUUAUUUCAUAACCUGCCCAAUCUGUGGGUGUGCGUUUAUCUUGAAAAAAUAUAAAAAACAAUUGUUUUCCUAGAAAAUUUGAAUUGACAUGUUAAGAUUAGGCUUAAGUAAUCGAAUAUGUGGAGGGGAGCAAAUCUUUUCUACAUGGAGUCGGCUGGCAUCGACGUCGCCAGCAUCAGCGGCCCCAUCUGCUCUACCCAAAUCUACACGCCCUGACGAUGAGUACAUAGAUGAAGCUGUUUAUCCAGAAAUACAGGACUUAUCAUUUAGAGCACGCAAAAAACGUGAGUCUGAAAGUUGGCAUGAGGAAAUUCGACGAGUACCCACUGUCGAAGAGAAGCUUAUUAAGAUUAAUAUGCCGCGGUAUUACGGAUACAAGGUGGUUAAAUUGAGCGACUCUAAAGUACCAUAUAAUUCCCUGCCUGCUAUGCAACAUUACACCCGUACAAUUUAUGAAGAUAUUAAAAUUUCUGGCAGCUCAUCCGAAGGAGAUUUAAGCGGGAGACAGAAGGAGUAUCUGGCGUCAAUGAAAACUGAUCUACAAGAUGCGAUUGAGUAUAUCUACGACUAUUAUGGACACGAGUACGGCGAUAACUCCAACAUAGAACCACAAGAACGAGAAAAGAUUUUUGCCCGACUUAUUGUUGAACAAGUUAACAGAACUCUUAUCAAUGUGUUAUCCGCCGAUUAUGUUCAUCUUCAAGAAUUUGAAAUCGAUUAUACUCCUAGGCAUGAAGCUUCAUGGUCAGUUGGUGGUAUUAAACCACCAAAAAACGUUGUUAAAAGCAUGGAAGGACGCGAAUGGCAGAAAUACAUGGCGAAUGAUCCUUAUAAUAGAUUUAUGCAAUAUUCAGGCACGCCUUUUCUCGCUAUUCGUCAUCAUAAACAACUUUCUCCCUGGAAGAAUGAAACGGAAUCGACCAAUGCCGAUCUAGCAAAAACCAUACCUCGAUUCAACUACGAUCCACGUACUCUUGGAUACGUUUCUGGACAUCAGCAUUUGACAAAUAUACCAGGUUUUUGGCCCGGUUCCACAAAUCUAUUUGGAAAUAUUUCUUAUCAAUCGCGAGCUUUUCUACAAAUAAGGCCUGAUACAUAUGGAGUUGAGGAUUUCAAAGAAGCUUUGCAUGCUCAUGCCAUUCAGAGCAGCUAUUCUUGGCUAUUGGCACAAGCUUGUUACAACGGUUUCAAUACUUUUAAUGAACUUACCUAUCCAAUGAAUACCCAAACGGUGCUGACUAAUGGGCGGGAUUGGUCAUUUUACGAAUACCAAUUAAAUACAUUACUAGUGCAUUCAAAUCAUGUUGAUGAUAAUCCGCGAGUAAACUUCUGCCGUGGUACGCCGGAAUUGCAACUGUAUAGUGAAAUAAGUGACACUGGUAAAGUUGUCGAUUUAAAUGAAGAUGUACUAAGGCACCUAAUACGCUUUUACGUGAGUCCCAGUGUACAACGCUCUGAAAACGAGCUACACCCUUAUUUGGGGCCAGAUGUGAAGUAUGUGGCCGAUUAUAAAAAUGACGAGCAGCGACAAUUUUUGGAACGUGUAUUUAAGAACUUAAUGUCAAAUCGACCUCGUCAUUUACCCCUUCCAGAAAUCUACCUUUGGGAAAUCUAUAAAAUUGAUAAUAAAACUAGACAGAUGGAAGCCAAACGUCGCUUCUUUGAGUUAGAUAUUAAUCCUUGGGCUCGCAAAUUGGAUCAACAUCAAAAGGAAUAUAUACCACGAGCAUUGCGCCCGGAGGGACCCAAGAGCAAAAAGAAGUGGAAACCAACUUUUUAUCCAUAGUUAUGUGAUAAUUAUGAAAAAAUCAGUUGGUGUUGAUUUAAAUUAAAAUAAUAAAAAUUGUCGAAAAAUCAUAUUGCUACA